AUGGCUGCCCUCUCAGAUGUGAGAAGACCUGGAACGAUCAACCAAGAAGUCAGCAGAUUGAAUGGUCUGGUAGCAGUAGCCAUGAACUCGAUCAACAUGAGCAUUUACUUCAUUCUUAAUGAAACUUUGGGAUUUGAAGUUUGCAGAUUCGCUUCCAAAGUGAGUGAGGCAAACCCUACACAAGUUUAUGAAGAGUACAGAAUCAAGGUGGAAAAGGAGUGGUGUAAAGGUCAUUUUAGCUUGAACUUUGAUCACACUAAGGACGAUCACACCAAGGGCGACCACACCAAGGACGAGCAUACUAACAACGAGCAUGUCAAGAACGACCACAUCAAAGACGACCAAACCAAGGACGACCCCACCAAGUGUUAUGGCGACGAGCAUACCAAGAACGACCACACCAAAGACGACCACACCAAGGACGACCACACCAAGGACGACCACACCAAGGACGACCACACCAAGGACGACCACACCACGGACGACCAUACCAAGGACGACCACACCAAGGACGACCACACCAAGGACGACCAUACCAAGGACGACCACACCAAGGACAAUUAUACCAAGGACGACCACACCAAGGACGACCACACCAAGGACAAGUAUACCAAGAGACGCCACACCAAGACAAUUAGACUCCACACAGACGACCACACCAAGGACGACCACACCAAGGACGACCACACCAAGGACGACCACACCAAGGACGACCACACCAAGGACAAUUAUACCAAGGACGACCGCACCAAGGACGACCACACCAAGGACGACCACACCAAGGACGACCACACUAAGGACGACCAUACCAAGGACGACCACACCAAGGACGACCACGCCAAGGACGACCACACCAAGGACGACCACACCAAGGACGACCACACCAAGGACGGCCACACCAAGGACAAUUAUACCAAGCACGACCGAACCAAGAACGACCAUACCAAGGACGACCACACCAAGGACGACCACACCAAGGAGAACCAUACCAAGGACGACCACACCAAGGACGACCACACCAAGGACGACCACGCCAAGGACGACCAUACCAAGGACGACCACACCAAGGACGACCACACCAAGGACAAUUAUACCAAAGACGACCGCACCAAGGACGACCAUACCAAGGACGACCACGCCAAGGACGACCACUCCAAAGACGACCACUCCAAGGACGACCACACCAAGGACGACCAUACCAAGGACGACCACACCAAGGACGACCACACCAAGGACGACCAUACCAAGGACGACCACACCAAGGACGACCACACCAAGGACGACCACACCAAGGACGACCACACCAAGAACAACCAGAAAACAUCAAACAAACAGGCCGACAGAGGGAUAAAUGAGCCUGAAACUAAGCCACACGUUAAAUUCAUCUCCAAACAGAAAGUUGUGUCUCUGCAGAUCCUGAUAACUCCGGCUCUAAAACUUUAUGGACCGAAGACCGUCAUUAAAGGCAUUAUUCUCGGUGGAUUUCUUAUUUGUCUGGGAAAUUAUACCCAUGCUGAAAUCUGGCCAAACUCAAAGCUCAGGUUCCCAUAA